GGAGCAUGUGACCAGUGACGUCACUGACCUCCCUCUAACAGCUCCGUUCUAGCAUCUACCUUUGGUGAUGUAAUGUGACUCUGAGAUAUGUGGUGGUGAUAAGUAAGGUUCAGGUUCCUACAAUAUAGGAUUCGCUCAGCGUAUAUCUCCUAUAUAAGAUCGUUCUCCUGAUUGACCCAUCAAGGAUGGAUAUGGAUGUGGACAAGAUGGCAGAGAGUAUAAUAAAUCUCACCCUAGAGAUCCUCCUCCGGCUUACUGCAGAGGAAUACACAGUAGUGAAGAAGACCUCUAGUGAGCAUUGUCAGGCCCCGGUAUCUGAAGGACGGGGAGGAAUCCUGAGCCCAAUAUCCAGGCCGACACCUCACAUCCCGAUACAUGAGAAAGUCAACAGAGAGAAGAUCCUAGAGCUCACCAACAAGAUCAUUGAGCUGCUGACUGGAGAGGUUCCUGUAAGGUGUCAGGAUGUCGCCGUCUAUUUCUCCAUGGAGGAGUCUGAGUAUUUAGAAGGACACAAAGAUCUGUACAAGAACAUUAUGAUGGAGGAUCACCAGCCACCAAGUAAAAGACAUGACUAAAUACACACAUCCUCUCACUAGUUAUAUGUAAGAAAUUAAUUGUCACCGUUUGUUUUUCCUACAGUUAAAGAAGAGAGAACAACUCCCAGUCCUCUUCUUCUACAGGAUGGUUCAGAAGAACAUCAAAGCAUUCCAUAUGAUGAUCAGAUAGAUGGAAAUAAGGUCUCAUGAAAGGUUCCCUAUGAUCUGUAGAAGUGCUGUGAAGAUCUUGUGUUCAGUCUUGUUUUAUAAACCAGUAUUAUAUGUUUUAUCCUUGUAUAAUGAGAAAGGUAGAGAUGUCAGGAUUACAGCUAACUAUAGACCUUGCAUGUUGUCUGGAUCUUCUCACAGUUUUCUGGUCAGUAGAGACUGCUGGUUGGAAUAAGGAACCAACUAGAUGCAUAUAUACAGGAGACCUGCAGAUAUUUUUGGGUCAGACAAUGAAACAUGGCACAUGUGUCUCUUGAACAGAUUUGACAUGGUGCUGCUCCAAAGUGUGUUAUAUAAGUGACCCCCUUCCCUCCACUUUAUCCCCUGUACAAGGAUCUAGACUUUGUUGCAGGGGAAACACUAGGCUGCUGCACUUGAAGUAGUUUCUGUACAAGGCAGAAUACAUGCAGUUCAAUAAAUGGUCCGUUGUCAGGGCAAGCAGCUCAGGAUCAGAACGGAGAUCAGGCAAGGGUCAGGUCAGACAGCAAAGGGUCCAAUCUAGAAGUCAGGCAGAAGUCUGUACACAGAACAGACAAGCUUUGCAUGAAACUAGCAUACUAGAACCUACUGAUCAGGCUUCUUUCCAUGGCUUGUAGAGAUCAGAGUGCGUGCAUGCCGGCCCUAUAAGAGCCAGAGAUAGUGUGUGUGCACACAUGACCUAUGGGCAGAGAAGGUCAUUAUCGGCAGGAAGCAGGCCUCAGCUUGUGUGGGAGGACAGCGUUAUUCCAGCAGCCGGGACCACUGGGAAGGGAGAGAGGGAUGUCUGUGGGACUGGACCACUGGAGCCCUAAAGCUAUGGAGCAGCUUUUAAAUCUGGAUAAAGAUCUGAACAAUAUUAAGGCUGAAGAUACAUAUGUGAGGAGUGAUGAGCAGAUCAUAGAGGACAUUCCCACCGAUAACCACCCAGAUUUAUUGGCAGAUAACUGUUCCAGGAGCUCAGAAAAACACGUGAUGGCAGAUUUUAGAACAGAUGAUUGUGGUGUCACAGAAGCUUCACAUGAAGAGCAUGCUGUUAUCUCAGAUGUACCCUCAGCCGUUCACAGCAAAGGUCUAUUAUCUGAUCCUUUGGAUGGAUUUCAAUCUUCUGAUUCAUCACAGACUGUUAAGCAAAAUAAAAACCACAGAAGAAGUGUUCACCAUCAGAGAAUUCACACAGGGGAGAAGCCAUUUUCUUGUUUAGAAUGUGGGAAAUCUUUCAUAAAUAAAUCAAAUCUAGUUGCACAUCAGAGAAUUCACACAGGGGAGAAGCUAUUUUCUUGUUUAGAAUGUGGGAAAUGUUUUAUUGAUAAAUCAACUCUUGUUAGACAUCAGAGAAUUCACACAGGGGAGAAGCCAUUUUCUUGUCUAGAAUGUGGGAAAUCUUUCUCACAGAAAUCAUAUCUUACUAUACAUCAGAGAUAUCACACAGGGGAUAAACCAUUUUCUUGUUUAGAAUGUGGGAAAUCUUUUCCAUGCAAAUCAUAUCUUGCUGUACAUCAGAGAAUUCACACAGGGGAGAAGCUAUUUCCUUGUUUAGAAUGUGGGAAAUGUUUUACUGAUAAAUCAAAGCUAGUUGCACAUCAGAGAAUUCACACAGGGGAGAAGACAUUUUCUUGUUUAGAAUGUGGGAAAUGUUUUACUGAUAAAUCAACUCUUGUUAGACAUCAGAGAAUACACACAGGGGAGAAGCCAUUUUCAUGUUUAGAAUGUGGGAAAUCUUUCAUAAAUAAAUCAAAGCUAGUUGCACAUCAGAGAAUUCACACAGGGGAGAAGACAUUUUCUUGUUUAGAAUGUGGGAAAUGUUUCAUAAAUAAAUCAAGUCUAGUUGCACAUCAGAGAAUUCACACAGGGGAGAAGCUAUUUUCUUGUUUAGAAUGUGGGAAAUCUUUCAUAAAUAAAUCAAAUCUAGUUGCACAUGAGAGAAUUCACACAGGGGAGAAGCUAUUUCCUUGUUUAGAAUGUGGGAAAUGUUUUACUGUUAAAUCAACUCUUGUUAGACAUCUGAGAAUUCACACAGGGGAGAAGCCAUUUUCUUGUUUAGAAUGUGGGAAAUCUUUCAUAAAUAAAUCAAAGCUAGUUGCACAUCAGAGAAUUCACACAGGGGAAAAGCCAUUUUCUUGUUUAGAAUGUGGGAAAUCUUUCAUAAAUAAAUCAAAUCUAGUUGCACAUCAGAGAAUUCACACAGGGGAGAAGCUAUUUUCUUGUUUAGAAUGUGGGAAAUGUUUAACUGAUAAAUCAACUCUUGUUAGACAUCAGAGAAUUCACACAGAAGACAGGCCAUUUUCAUGUUCAGAAUGUGAUAAACAUUUUAACACUAAAUCACAUCUUGUUAGACAUCAGAGAAUUCAUACAGGGGAGAAGCCAUUUUCUUGUUUAGAAUGUGGGAAAUCUUAUGCACAUAAAUCCUGUCUUGUUAUACAUAAGAGAAGUCACACAGGGGAGAAGCCAUAAUGUCCUUGUUUACAAUGUGGGAAAUCUUUCAUACAUAAAGCAAAUCUUGUUAAACAUCAGAGAAUUCACACUGGAAAGAAGUGAUUUUAAUGUUCAGAAUGUGAUAACUAGAGAUGAGCAAACUUUUGAAAAAUUCAAUUCUGCAGCUUGGUCAAAGUUCAACAAGAAAUUUGAUUUGUUCCGAAUUAAUUUGUCACGGAUCAAUAGGGUAAAACCCCAUUUAGCCUAUCAAUCAAUGAGACCAUUUUUAACUGCCUUUGACUAAAGUGCACCCGUCUAACAGCCAUUAAACAUGGUAAUACACUCAUAUGCACAUAUGGCCUUUUGGAUAAAAAUAAAUAUCUCACCUAAUCUGUAAUGACCUGGAGUGCCAUUACCACUCCUUGGCACCUCACUACCAUUUCAUAUAGGCUAACAUAAAUGUAAUCUAAUGCAGUAGUGUACUUAUCUUCACCAUGUGCAUAUGUAUUUCCUGUAGCUGUUAAAUGUUUAUGUAAUUACCUGGUCUGCCAGCAGGUGGAAGCAAACACUUGGCAGUGCUAGUUGCAGGGAAUGGACUGGAUUGUCCAUUCUCUCCCUCCCUCUAGAGGGAGAAGGAGAGGAGGAGUUUAGCUAGUUAGCAGGCAGUCUAGCUUUCCCCCUCCUGGGGAGAGGUUGUGUGAGGAGCCUGAGAAACCCCCUCCUGGGCGAAGGCAGCAGGCAUAGUCCUGUCUGGACAGUUCUGUUUGUCCUAGCCAACCUUAUCACUGGAGGUUGUGCAUAUUGGUUGCAUGUCCCCUCCUGGGCUUGUAUUGCCGAAAACCAAGCUAGAGCUUGAGGUAUUGACAGCCAGUACAGAGUUUCCUAGGAUAAUCUAUAGUAAGAAACUCACAUGGCUGAGCUAAGAGAGCUACAAAGAGGAUACAGCAGAGAGUAGUUUGUUGCAGAGAAAGUAUUUGCCUGCCAUUCGCCUGCUGAAACCUAUUGGAAACCAAGAUAAGUCUGGAAACUGUUUGGAUUACCGUUUAUUAGAAGUAAAGCAACUGUUUAA